AUGCUUUGCUUCAAUAAAGCGAAACAUGAAGAGUGGGCGAAAGGCUACGAGAAAGUAUGUGCUGUUUCCACGAAUAUCGAUGAUAUCUGUGAUCAACUAACGAAAGAUGUGGCAAUUAACUCCAAUAAUCUUGUGUCCGUGACCGCUAUGGCACCCAAUGCAAAUGGUAAAGAAAUAAACAAACAAGAAGCCUCAUUCAUGUAUUUCCAAUUACUUGUUGAGAUUUUAACUCAGUUCAAUCACAAAGAAUCAACGAAACAAGAACUGAUUGAUUUGUGUCGAAUGGACUAUGGAGGCAAUAACACACAACUAAAUACCAUCGAUCAAUUUUAUAAAACAUACUCGAAAGAGCAAGCAAUCGAGUGGUACACGAAAGACUGCUUUCUCUACCGAAUGCUAAAUAAAGCAUUACGAACACAAGACAUUGGCAUGAUAUUCAAGCUCGGCUUUUUCAUCAAAGACCUUCACAAGGAGCUUCACAAUCUACAAACCACAUCGACUACUCCUCUCGGAAGAACAAUCACUGUUUAUCGUGGACUAGGGAUACCCAACAAGGACUUCGAAAGUUUACAAAAGAAAGUAGGAGGACUUUUAUCGAUGAACAGCUUCUUGUCAACAACUGCUCAAGAAGCCGUUGCUGUGCGAUAUGCUCGGAGCUCAUUAGACAGAUCAGAUAUUACGUCAGUUCUGUUUGAAAUGAUGGUCGAUACCGAGAAAUGUAGACAACCAUUCGCAAAUAUAAAAACAGUAAGUACUUUUAGUACAGAAAACGAAAUUCUAUUUUCGGUAGGCACCGUGUUCCGGAUUAUCUCCAUAAAGAAGCUCCGGAAAGAAGACGUUUGGAAUGUUCACCUAGAACUGAGUGGAGACGAAGACAUCGAGAUAAGCCUAUUAAAAAACCAUAUAAAGCGUGAACUUGGUGAAUCAAACAACUUGAACACAUUGGGUAUGUUGCUGAUCAGAAUGGGUGAAAAUAGUAGAGCAGAGCAAUAUUUCCAUAUGUUGCUCGAUGACACCUCGCUAGAUCAAAGUGAUCAUGCAUUAGCACAUAAUAACCUCGGAACAGUUUACGGCAAUCAAGGUGAUUAUGACAAAGCAUUGAAAUGUUAUGACAAGUCUCUUGAAAUUAAAUUGAUUUCACUUCCACCAAAUCACCCUGAUAUUGCAAGAACAUAUAAUAAUAUCGGAUUAGUGUAUUGGAAUCAAGGUGAUUAUGAGAAAGCAUUGAAGUAUUAUGAAAAAGAUCUUGAAAUCAGUCUAAUUUCACUUCCACCAAAUCACCCAGACAUUGCAAGAACAUAUAAUNAGGUGAUUAUGAGAAAGCAUUGA